ACAUCAUGACGUUCUUCCCCGCUCCGUAUUGGCAAGGUUUGCGGGUUUUGUGCGCUCUGGCUCCGAGGGGCCGGCCUCCGCCCCCUCUCUUCUCCCGUUUCUACUCCUCUAAGGAAGUCCGCGGAGCCUUCCCCACCGCCACGUCUUCUCCAGAUAACGGCAAAACGGUCAGCCCGCUGCCUUCCGGGGCCAAUUCUGGAAAGACGGGAGAAAGGAAGGGCGGAGGGAAGCACCACCCCUCCGUUUCUCAUCCCUUAUUUUCCGCUGGAGCGGCUAAGAGCAGGUCGAGGAAGCUGGGCCAGGAUCAAGGACCGGCUUCUGUCUUCCUGGAGGACUCCGUUCUGCUCCCAGCCAAGCCUCUGAAUUCGGAGGAGUGGGAGAAGAUGAAGGACACGUGGAAAACCCAGAAGAAUUUCGAAAACUGGAUGAUGAAGAAGAUGAUCAAGAAUAACAGCCCCCUAGAUGUGGCCAAGUCUCUGCUGGCCUGGGUGGCCAAAAGGAAUAGCAGCGAAUUGGGGUACAGUUUGCUUAUUCACUAUUUGACCCUGUGUGUCCAUCAGAAGCAAACGGCAGAGGUUAUCGACCUCUACGAGAUCCUGAGAGCCAGAUACAGGUGUCUGGAAUCGGGGGCUUACACCCUCCUGAUCCGGGGUUUAUCCCACUCGGAUCACUGGAGAGAGAGCUUACUGCUGUUGGAGAAGGUCAAAAAGAUCAUAAUUCCCUCCAAAACAAAUUACGGGGACUGUAUCGAGGGAGCCCUCCUCCACCAAGAGAUGGAUCUCGCUUGGGAUCUCUAUCAAGAAAUGCUGGGUUAUUCUCUGACUCCGUCCUGGAGCACCCUUCGGCUGUUUUUUGAGACCGGUAAAGGCAGCAACGACGGCCAGCUUAAAGACAAACUUUUGGACAUCCUGGUGUAUUUGAGAGAUCAUCAGAUGUAUCCCGAGGAGUCCUUCGUGCAGAGCGUAAAGACGUGGUUUGAGAGUAUUCCUGGAGAGAGGUGGAAAGGCCAAUUCACCACAGUUCAAAAGAGUGGCCGGUGUUCAGCCUGUGGGAAAAAUUUGGAGUCCCUUCACCUGAGCCCCGAAGAAUAUGACUUUCUCAAGGAAAAGAUCAUGAAGGAUGUGAUAGAGGGUUCGGACCAGUUCAGGAAGACCAGCCCCGAGGAACUUGAGAAAUAUAAGGACUUUGUGAAAAGACAUCCUCCCUUUGAUAUCGUAAUCGAUGGGCUCAAUGUUGCCAACAUGAAAUCUAAAGUGCGUCAGUCUCUAACUCUCCUUAACGUGGUGACUCAGUUGGCCCAGAAGAACCUGAAGCUUCUUGUGCUGGGCCGGAAGCACAUGUUGUACGGGACGGCCAGCUGGAGAAAGCAGGAGAUGGAGGCGGUGCAGAAAAACGCCGCCUGCUUCUUUACGGAGAACACCUCGGAGGACGAUCCUUUCCUGCUGUAUGCCACCCUGCAUUCGGGAAACCACUGCAAGUUUGUCACUCAGGACCUCCUCCGAGACCACAAAGCCUGCCUCCCUGACGCCCUGACUCGGCGCCUGUUCUUCAAGUGGCAGCAGGGGCAUCAGCUCGCGUUUUCCAGCUAUUCCGCGGGAAACAGGAUCGUCUUUCAGCCCGUUCUUUCCUACGACACUCUGGUGCAAACUACAGGGGACUCGUGGCACAUACCGUACGAUGAAAACCUAGUUGAAAGAUAUUCCUACGAAGUGCCAACCAAGUGGCUCUGCCUUUGCCGAGAGCAUUAACAGACAGAAGGUGGUAGGGCAACAUUAUCCUCUUUAAUUGCCCCCGUUGUUGGCGGCGAUGUCAAGCUGAUGUCUCUGUCCUGACGUUGGGUUGGCGGCGUUCUGUGUCAGCGAGUGGAUUGAGGAAUAAAUCAGACCUCCGGAUUUUCA